AUGAUAAACAAUGUGGAAGCGAAUUGGCCUGGGUCUGUGCAUGACUCACGAGUGUUUCGUGAGUCUACACUGAGUGCCACAUUUGCCCGUGGAGAAUUCGAUGGUUACCUACUCAGAGACAGAGGGUACCCCUGCCAGUGCUAUCUGCUGACCCCUUACCCUGACCCUGGUCCACAGCAACACUACAACUUGGCUCAGUGUAGGACACGAGCCAGAGUGGAGAUGACCAUUGGGAUGCUAGGGUUCAGGCUCAGGGUCACCCCAGAAAGGGCUUGUGAUAUUAUAGUGGCAUGUGUGGUUCUCCACAACAUUGCCACUAUCCGAAGAGAACAAUGUCCUACUCUCCCCCCUAAUGAUACAGAUAAUAAUCCUGACCCCCCCAAUUAA